AUGUCCAUCGCGGUGUCAGCCGUGCAGCCGUCGUCGAGUGAUGUCUGGGACUGGCAGACUGCACGUCGCGGGUCGCAGGAGCGCAGUCGAGCGACACGCCCUUUCGCCAUCGCUCGCGGCAACCUGCAGAACCGUCGGGUAGAUCCCACGACAGGCCUGGAGGCCUGGGAGGGAGGCGGCAGCCAACGCAGGUGUGUCGGCGCCGGGGCGUUGUCGAAGUCUGUGCCGAUGCUCAGCCAUCGCACGGUGGUGGCCAACGCCGCCGGUUCGUCGACGGCAACAACCGUCAUGGACAGUUGA